AUGUCAGAGGUUCUGACCGUAGACGCUAUUUUAUUUGGACUUUUGGUCUUUUCUGGCAUCCUGGGAAACAUCUUGGUCAUCCAUGUGGUGCUUCUGUCGGCCGUUGAGAGUCCGUCUCGGAGACUUGCUCCCUCUGACACCAUUCUGGUGCACUUGUCACUCGCCAACCUUCUGACCUCACUUUUCCGCACAGUGCCCAUCUUUGUGUCAGACCUGGGCUUGGAUGUGACUCUGUCUCCGGGCUGGUGUCGAGUGUUCAUGCUGCUGUGGGUGUGGUGGCGAGCUGUGGGCUGUUGGGUGACUCUUGCGCUUAGUCUCUUCCAUUGCACUACGCUGAGGCGACAGCAUGUGACAUUUGGACCUCUCGCACAGCAGAGGGAGAGGCGGCGAGUUUGGAUCACUCUGGCAGUUGUGUGGGGGGCAAACCUGGUCUUCUCAAUACCAGCUCUCGUGUAUAGCACUCAUGUGCAUGGCAACGCCACUGUGGAGCUGAUGGUGAUCAGCUGCACCACCAGGCCUCUGCUGGGCUGUAUCUGGGAGUUCCCCUCCAUCGAGCAGGGUUCAGCAUUUGCCUCCACCUCGCUGGCACUCAAUGAGGUGUUGCCACUGGUGCUGAUGGUUGGCACUAACCUGGCUACACUUCAUGCUCUGGCAAAACACAUCCGAGCUGUUACCUCAGGUGGAGAGUCGGGGGGAACCCACGGGGAGCUGGACAAACAUGUGUCCACUGAACGGAAAGCAGCUCACGUAAUCAUGUCGCUAGUGUCUCUCUUCGUGGUCUGCUGGGCGCUACAGGUUGCUGCAGUGACAUACUACAACCAUGAUGGGGGACACCACGCCGAAGGGCUGCUGACUGUGUCCCAUUUCUCUGCGUCAUUGUUCGUGGGAUUUAGUCCCAUGGUGGUGGCCCUGGGACAUGGCAAGCUAAGGAGGCGAAUCAUUAGUAUGAUACUGGCGUGGUCUAAAAUUCUUAAGUGUCACAAGAAGGAUGCCCAAGAGGGGGGUAAAUCCCCAAAGACUGAAGGAAAGAGAGGAAAACAAACAAUAUUUGUUGUUCAAAAAGAUUGCAAAGUCAUAAAAGUGGAGGAGAAAGUUAAAAGAAACAAAUGAUGAUGAAAAGUGUGACUGCAGUGAGA